AUGAAAUUAAUUUAUUUUUAUUUGAUUACAUGUAUACCAUUAAUUUAUAGUGAUAAAGGAUUUUCACAUGAUGGUUAUGAUGAUGAUGUUAGUUCAUUUUUCAAUAAUGGAAAUGAUUUAUAUGGUGGAUAUUAUUCAGGAAAUUAUGAUGAUCAUCAUCAACAUCCUCCACCCCAUAAUCCAGAUGAUGGAGAUCAACCACCACCACCACCACCAUCACCACCUCGGGGUCUGAUGAUGGUCAACAACAAGUACCUCUACCACCCCCUAAACCUCCGCGUCGUGAAGAACCUCAAGGACCAGAUCGGCCUGAUGGCGACAGAGAUCAUCCUCGGCCACACAAUAACCACAGUCAUCAUCACGGAUAUUAUAAUGAUUUAG